AGUACCAAACUUUCGUUUGUGCAUCUAUACUGUAUGAUGAAGGUGUUAAAAUUAAUCAUUUAUUUCACAAUUUUUAAUACUCAAGUAAUAUGUCAAACAGAAGACUAUUUUCUUCCUGAGAGUGUUAAACCGUUGCGUUACAUCGUAACAUUAGAGCCAUUAACACAAACAAAUUAUCGUGGAAGCGUUUCAAUUGAACUACAGGCUUUGGAAAGCACAUCAAACAUUACUUUACACGCGAAAUCGCUUGAGAUUCCGAACAAUUCCAUAAAAAUACGCGAUGUCUAUGGAAAUGAGGUGUUCCACAAAGAUACGAUUUCGGAUGAGGAAAAAGAUUUUUUUGUUAUAAUAUUGGAAACAGAGUUACAAAGAGGAAGGGUUUAUACAUUGACUAUCGAAAAUUAUCAAGGCACCUUUACCGACUCAAGAACUGGAUUCUACAUCGAGAAGUUUGAGAGUUUACAUAAAUCAGAGGGGUUUAUUACCUUAAGUGACUUUGAGCCUACGUCUGCAAGGGAAACGUUUCCCUGCUUCGACGAACCACACUUGAAAGCGACAUUUAUAGUAAAUUUGAUCCGUUCCUCUUCUUCAAUUUCAGCUUCAAACUCUCCACUAGUGCAGACAUUGUACUUGGGAGGUGAUCGCUACCAAGAUGUUUACAAAGAAACGCCUCCCAUGUCAACUUAUCUUGUGGCCUUUAUUAUUUGCAAUAUGAAAUACACUAGGCAAAAUGGGAAAAUUCGACUUUUAGUCAGACCACAAUUUACGGAGGAUAGUACCGAUUUUGUUCUGACGGAAGCUGCAAACGUCCUAGAUGCAAUGGAGAAGUACACCGGUAUUAAAUAUUUACUAGACAAGCUUGAUAUAGUUGGUGUCGUCAACAAAGUUGGUGGAAUGGAAAAUUGGGGUCUGAUUACAUUUGACGAACAGUAUGUGAUCUGUCCAGAUAACAAUACGCGGUGGGCUAUUCAGACGUGUUUGACUUACAACUCGCAUGAAAUUGCACACCAAUGGUUUGGAAAUCUCGUUACAUUAAAAUCAUGGCAUUAUAUGUGGUUAAAUGAGGGAUUCGCUACAUAUUUUCAAUAUUUUAUAGCCGCCGAGUUAAGAUCAAGUUGGCGGUUAGAUGAGCAAUACGUUGUCGAGGAAUUUCAGCGAUCACUUCGUGAAGAUCUCCUACCGUCCACCGAACCUAUGGAUUUCAUUUUUGAAGCAAGUUACGUAUUUCCAGCAGCAAUUAUUUCUUAUCAGAAAGCCUCAACGGUCAUUAGAAUGACUAAACACAUAUUAACCGAAUCCGUUUUCCAAAAUGGUCUGCGACUAUACUUGAACACCUAUAAAUUACGAGUUACUGAACCAAAAAACCUGUAUGAUUGUUACUUAGACAUCUUGCGUAGAGAAGGCAAGAUGCAUUUGUUAGGAGGGCUAAACCUACAUACGAUUUUAUCAAACUGGGCCAAAAGUUCAGGAUAUCCAAUUGUUACCGUUAUUAGACACUACACAACAGGAGAUGUCACUUUUUCGCAGCAAGUGAAUGAUUUGAGUGGCGAUUCAGAGGACAAUAUUUGGUACAUUCCUUUAACAUAUACCUUUCAGAAUAGGAUGAACUUUGAAAGCACCGUUACUGAUUUGUGGAUGACCAAUAAAACUGUUACGGCACAGACAGGUGAACCUCGAGGAUGGAUUUUAGUAAAUAAGCACGCAACAGGUUACUAUCGAGUGGCAUACGAUAAUGAAAAUUGGAGACGUUUAACGGAGUUUUUGCACUCAAAGGAUUAUGAAUUAAUCCCGGCGGUAAAUCGCGCCCAAUUAAUAGAUGAUGCCUUCUUCUUCUUUAUUAGGGAUAAACUUGAUACGGAUAUUUUCUUGGAUUUUACAUCGUAUUUGGCCAAAGAACAAGACUACAUUCCGAUUAAGAGUUAUCUGACUGAUCUGGAUAUAAUUUUUGAAUUAAAUGAAAUUCGACGAGACGACAACGAAUUCGGGAUUGUAAAGGGUUAUCUAAUUACACUUUUAAAAGCGUCCCUUGACGGAGUAGGGUUGUACGCAAGAGAAUAUGAUACACACAUGGACAAACUAAAAAGAGAGGAAAUUAUGAAAAUGUUGUGUACAUUGGGAGACUUUCGGUGUAGGUUACAGGGUCUGAGGAUGCUAACAGAAUGGAAAGCUACUGGAAAACCUCUGAGAAAUUAUGAUAUGGAAAUGUGGUUAUGUGCCGCAAUGCAAAAGCCCACAGUUCAGUUGUGGAAUUUUCUUAUUCAACAGUAUAGUUUAACUGAUGACGAUAUUUUGAGACAAAAGUAUCUUAGAGCCUUAUCUUGUGCCAACUCGGUAGUUUUCAAACAAAGGUUUUUGAAAUUCAUUUUUGAUUUGCAUAAUAACAUGAAAUCUCAAGAGAGAACGGAUGGUCUGGCAAGUUUCGUUCGUAACACAUUCAUGGGCGCAAAGGCGAUUAUCCAUUACAUUAAAGACAACCAGUUAGAUGAUAGAUAUUAUUCGCUCUUUCGGGAUUCAAAGGAGCGAUAUUUGCUAAUGCCAUCUGAAAUCGGAAAAAAGCUUACCGCUGAAGACAGGAAAAUUUUAACCCGUCUUUGUGUUUUGUUCGUUACUGAUGAAGAGAAUAACGAGAAAGCUGUUAGAAAGCUUGUUGAAGGUUUUCCAAAAUAUUUAUAAGAAUACUCGUACAUACCAGGAGCUGUGAAGAUUUUUAAAACAAGUCCUCUGAUGUAAUUUCACUUUAUCAACAUUUUUGCCCUGCUAAAUAUGACGAUGUUUUCUGUACGAAAACGUGGUUUGGUUCUAAACAUCCGAGGAAGCUGAGUGAAACUUAUUUUCUAGUAAUGUGCCUAAUGUGUAUAUAUUUGAUUAGAUCUAGUCGCGAAUACCUAUGUUUUUGAAAAUAAUGUGUUGUUUUAAUAUAUAAAUCAUAAAAACCUU